AUGGUGGGUUCGGUUCACGGCCAUGUGGAGGAGGGGGAGGAGGAGGAGGAGGAGGAGGAGGAGGAGGAGGAGGAGGAGGAGGAGGAGGAGGAGGAGGAGGAGGAGGAGGAGGAGGAGGAGGAGGAGGAUGAGGAGGAGGAGGAUGAGGAGGAGGAGGAGGAGGAGGAGGAGGAGGAGGAGGAGGAGGAGGAGGAGGAGGAGGAGGAGGAGGAGGAGGAGGAGGGCCAGACUAUGUACCGUGUUUUUUUAGUUCUAAAAACACCAUGCAGUGUCAGACUACGUACGGUGUCGGUGCCAGAGCCGGGGGGAAGACGGAGGGAGGGUGGGUUGGAGCAGCGAGUGCUGAGGUAG